UCUUUAAUGGAAAGCUACCAUCAAAAUAAAAUCACUUUUAGUGUUUUAAUACGAAGUCGGCCGAUUUAACAGGAAGUGAGUAAUCGUCACCACUUUGUCGUCACUAACAUGCGACCUCUUUUGCACGUGAAGAAGGAGUUUUUAUGAGAUGGACAAGGUGAAGACGACGGCCGCACAAUUAGAAGUGGAAGAAGGGAAGAUGAUGACAGCUCAAAGGGAGGAGGAGAGGAACUCUACAAAUGAAGAAGGUGAAGAGGAUAGAGAUACUACAGCGGAAGAAGAGAAGACCACAAUUCAAGAAGGCGAGGAGGAAGAUGGGAAGCUCUCAAGUCAAAAAGAAGAAAAGCGAAAAAAACCAAUACUGAAAGGGCUGGCAAAGACUUCCUCUUCCACGGAUAAAAAGUGUCUUCCAGGAAUUAUUUACCUGGGUCAUAUUCCUCCAAGAUUCAGGCCUAAGCAUAUGAGAAAUCUUCUGGCUGUUUACGGCGAGAUCGGCCGGAUCUUCUUGCAACCUGAAGAUGGCCAGGUGAAAGGGAAGAAGAAGCGCUCGGGCUGCAAGAGGAGCGGCUUCACCGAGGGCUGGGUGGAGUUCCGUGACAAGCGUGUGGCUAAACGCGUGGCGGCGUCUCUUCACAACACGCCCAUGGCGACACGUAAACGCCAGACCUUUGUGUCUGACCUCUGGUGCAUCAAGUACCUACACAAGUUCCAGUGGACGCACCUGAGUGAGCGGCUGGCCUACGAGCAAAUGGUUCUUCAUCAGCGCCUCCGCACCGAAGUGUCGCAGGCCAAGCGGGAAACCAACUUCUACCUGGAAAAUGUAGACAAGAGCGCUCACAUAGAUAAAGAGAGCAAGAAGGGCAAGCGGAAGAAGAUGGACGCACAGGAGCACAAGAAAGAGCAAACGUGGGACUACACACAACGCCAGACAGAGGAGGAGAUCCAAAGAAAGAAAAAGAAGAAUAAAAAGACAAUGAUGACUAUGAUGAACUCUGUCAGCAAAAAGCAACAAGACAAGGACCGCCUGCACCAGCUCAAGAGCCAAUCAAACGUCUCCUUGUUGGCGAAGAUUUUUAACUCCCAACAGACUUGAUCUGGUCAAGGAAUAAUGGUGUGACAAAAAAAAUCAACACUUGGUGUCUGAUUAAUUUAGUAAAUCAUAAUGAUUAGCCUGCCAGUCAAUGUUAUCUCUAUAGCGUGCAAUCCGUUUCAUGCACGGCGGCCAUUAAUCCGAGCAACAGAAAACUCAAUUAACUUGACUGUGUCAGUGAUCAUGUUGAGUAUGAAUUUUUACAAUGUCUAUUUUUCAAACAAGUUCCCUGUUAAAAUGAAACAGCCCAUGUUUUGUCUUGCUUGGAAGCGAUUUACUUCAUCAACAAGGCAUUCUAACUGCUGUGUGGGCUAAACAAGGACAAAUAUAUUAAAACCAUAAAUCCUG